AUGUCCAAUUUUGGACAGGCCUUCCAGAAUGCUGGAUUCGACCCCUCCAUCCUCUAUCAGCUUCCGAACAACGGUGGCAACGUCAAUCCGGCGGCCCUCAGCGGCAUGACCGGUGGCGUUGACCAGAGCCAGCAGCAGCAGGGCAUGCAGGGCUUCAACCUCAGCAACGCCGCCAUCUCCAACGCGCUCGGCGGCAACACGAACAAUGUCGGCGGUGCCGCGGCCGGUGGCGGGGGCGCACUACCCACCAACUGGUUGAAUUCUUUCAACUCGCUCCAGUCUCAUGCCAGCCAACAACUCGACCAGCGAGCGCGGCAACAGCAAGCGAUGGGGCAGCAGCAGCAAAAUCCGGGCCAGACGCCCAACCUCAUGGGCUCGGCGCCGUCGCAGUUUGACCUCGCAGUCCGUGCGGGCGUGACAAAUGCGGGGGGCCAGACACCGAAUCCGGCCGUCCUUGCUCAGCAGAUCCAGCACGCCCAGCAGCAAUUGCAGCAGCAGCGAUUCCAGCAGGCUCAGCAGCAGCAGGUUCAGCAGCAGAUCCGGCCAGACGUCCAGCCUCAGCAGCCGAUGCAGCAGCAGAACGCGACCCAGCUUCAGCAGAACGCGGCGCAGAAGGCUGCCGAGGCCCUUUUCAACGCAAAGGACGUCAGUGGCUUGCCCCCGCAAACAAUCAACCAGUACGCCGCUUUGAUCCAGAAGGGAGGCAUGAGCACUCCGGAAAUGAGGGCUGCGAUGCAGCGAUUGCAGCAGGUCCAGGCUGCGCAGCAGGCCGCCAACAAGAAUGCCGCGGGAGGUUCGGGCCUCGGCGGUGUCGACCCGAACAACAACAACGCGCCGUUGAUGACAACGAACCCUCUGCAGCCACAGGCCCAGGUGCCCGGCUUACCUCAGUCCGCACAGACGUUGACUGAGGCUCAGCGCCGGGAACUCUUCGCCAACCGCAUCAAACAGAGCGGCCUGACUCAGGCCCAGCUUCUUGCUCUCGCUCAGCAGCAGCGGGCCGCGCAGGCGCAGGGACAGCGGUUAAGUGCCGGUAGCCUCGCUCAGCUCCAGCAGGCCGGCCUCUUCGGCUUGAACGGCAACCAGCCUCUGCCGCCGCAUCUGCAGCAGCACCUGAUCAACCAGCUCAAGCAGUCGCAGAUGGGCAACCAAAACCAGCAGCAGCAGCAACCCCAGCAGCAGCAGCCUGGUCAGCCCCAGCAGCCUCAGCAGCCCGGUCAACAGCAGCAGCCGCAACAGCCCCAGCAGCCGCAACAGCCUCAGCAACAGCAGCCUCAACAGCCCCAGCAGCAGGUUCCUCAGCAGCAGACGCCGCAACAGCAGCCUCAGCAACUGCAGCAGCCGCCUCAGCCUCAACAGCAGCAACCGCAGCAGCAGACUCCGCAACAGCAGCCUCAGCAGCUCCAGCAGCAGCCGCAGCAGGUGCCGAACAUGCAGAACCAGGGGAUGCCGAACAUGGGACAGAGCGUCCCGAUGGCGAAUCAGCUGUCGCAGAACGCCCAGCAGCCGGGCGCUGGUGGAGUAGGGGGCGCCGGCGGACCGUGGAACAUGCAGCAGACCGCUCCGACGCAGAACUUCCCCCCGGAGGAAGACUGGCUCCGCGUCCUGCGAAGCCUGCAUCAGCGCCCCGAUCUGCAGUAUCCGCUCGUCAAUGGCAAGCCGGUCAACCUCUACCGGUUGUUCGCUUACGUCUUCGCGUACGGAGGUUACCGCAAGUUUGACAGCCAGCCGAUCGACAAGCUGUGGACCACCGCCGCUCAGGCAAUCGGCUUCCUCCCGUCGAACCAGCCUGGUGCCGAUCCUAGCACGAUCGCGCGGCAGAUCUCGGAGGUGUACCACCAGUUCUUGAGCCGCCUGGAGGAGCUCUGGAUGCAGAACCUGCAGGCCGGGCAGCGCAACCAGCAGCAGCAGCAACAACAACAGCAGAACCCGGGUGUUCAGCAGAACGCCGUGCGCCCCCAGGGUCUCAUGCCGCAGCAGAACCCCGGCCAGCAGUCGACCCCUCAGCAGCCUCCGCAGCAGCUGCCGCAGCAGCAGCAGCAGCCUCAGCAGCCUCAACAGCCCCAGCAACCGCAACAGCAGCAGCAGCCCCAGCAGCAGCAGCAAAUGAACGUCCCGCCCAACCCUCAGCAACCGGGUCAGAUCCGUCCUAACAUGACCAACGGCUUGACGCAGGAGUUCAUGAACGCGGUUGCGCAGAACCAGGGCAUGACUCUCACCGAGGAGCAGCAGCGCAUCAUGCGGGCACGCGUUGCGCACGCCCAGAGCAUGCAGCAGCAGGCCCAGCAGAACCAGCAGAACCAACAGAACCAGCAAAAUCAGCAGAAUCAGCAGCAGCAGAACCAGCAGAACCAGCCGACGCCGCAGAAUCAGCAGAACCAGCCGACACCGCAAAACCAGCAGCAGCCGACUCCGCAGAACCAACAGCCGACGCCGCAGCAGAACCAGCCUCCACAGCCGAACCCGCACCCUGUUAGCUUCCAGGAAGUUGUCGCGAACCUUCGACACAAGGAGGCUCAGCUCGAGGCUGCGUUCCUGAACACGCGCAAGCAGACUGUUCAGAUCCCGCCAGAGCAGCAGGCCGAGUACCGUUCCGUUCUCGAGAGCGUUGUGCGCCUCGCUACUGAGGCCAAGCAGAGGAGCCCGCUGUUCAGUGUAGUCGCUCAGACCGCUGAGGACCGAACACGCUGCCACGGCCUCGUUCAGCUCACUGCCAUCUGCUCCGCCGCCGUCAACAAGACGAAGAGCAACCAGCCUUGCUUGACGCUCAAGGAGCUCGAGGGCGUCCGCAAUCGCCUCAAGCUUGUCAUUGACGAGGCUUCCGUGCACCUGCAGCAGGCGAUGACCGACCCGAACAUCCGCAAGCGGAUGCAGUCCCUCACCAACCACAACCAGACCGAGGCGAUGCGAGCUGCCGCGGCUGCUGCGAACCAGCAGAACCAGGCUGCUCAGCAGGCCGCGCAGCAGCAGGCUCAGCAGCAGCAACAGGCUCAGCAGCAGCAGCAGCAGCAGCAACAGCAGGCCCAGCAGCAGCAGCAGCAGCAGAUGAACGCCGCUGCCGCGAUCGCUGCCAGCAACAACAACGCCGCCAACAACAAUGCUCCGGCAUCGACGAGCGCCAGCGCCAACGCCAACACGCCUCAGCAGGCUGCUCACGCUCUGAGCCCCGAGAUGCUCAACAACCUCAUCAAGCGUCCGUUAAAGCAGGAGGACCUUAAGCCCCCGCCACUUCCCAAGAGCCGGAAGGGCAAGGUCUCGGAGUCCCCGAAACCGGCGCCCGCGGACGAGAAGACGCCGCGAACACCAGCGGCUGCUACCACUCCCCAGGCCGAGGCGUCGACGCCAUCAACCGCAGCUCCUAAGCGACCGGCGAAGCGUAAGAGCUCCGUCGCUCAGACCCCAAAGUCGGCCAAGCGAGCAAAGGCCGACGACGAUGCCCAGAGUGAGAAGGCGCCGACGCCAGCAGCCCCGACUGCUCCCACUCCUCAAAAUGUGGAGUCGGCCCCGACACCCGGCAGCACCUCUGGAGCGACUCCGGCGGCGGCUGGUUUCUCGGGUAACGCCAUCAACGUGUCCCGUGCGACGCACGCGGACUACUUUGCGCAGCAGCAGAAGGGAGCUCAGCAGGAGCGCGAGCAGAACGCUGCUUUCUUCGCUCAGCGCCAGGCUGUCGGUGCAUUCGACGGGGACGUGAACGCUGCCCUCAACAUGUGGACGUCUGCACAGAUGAUGCCGCCACAGGGCCCCGCCCCCCCACCUGCUCUCGGCGACGGACCCGGUGGCGUCACGUUGAUGGCGCAGACGGACGAUGCGCUUGCGGACCAGUCUUGGCAUGAUUUUAUAAACGAACAAAAUUUUGACCCAGAUGAGCCGACACCGUUGCUGACGCGGUGUCGGUCUCUGGACACCGACCCCGAGUGCAGCCCCCGCGACGGCGACAUCCUUGGUCGCUCGCCGCUGACGGCGAUGCACGCCCAUGCAGUCGGCAUGCACCCUGGCGCCUUCGACCCGAACGACAAGUUUGCCACGCGGCGGAUCCCUCUGAUGAGCCCGUCGGCGCAGCUGUACAACGGCAUGCUCUUCGUCAACACUGAGGUCGAGCACCCUGGUGCGAUGGAGCCUUUCCUCUGA